UUAUUUGUAUAUUGUGUGUGUUCGAAUAAAUCAAUCGAGACCCACAACAAAUCAAUCAGUCACCAUUUUAACCCCAAUAGUAAAUGAAGAAAAUGUUUUUUUAAUAAUUAACCGUAUUUCCUCUGUAGUUGAAAUAGUUUAAAAUUGCCAUUAGAGUUUCAUAGUCCUGUCUGUACCCCAAUUAAGGCCUCAUUAAGUUAUAUAAUAUUUUUUUUGCAAAAUCUAUUAAUAAAACCUUAACAAACUAGAGCACCCCGGUCCCAGUAGCGAAUAAAUCCAAAAAUAAACCAUAGAAAUUGGAGUAUGUCAUAAAAAAUGGCGUUACUGGGAACUCAACUGGUAGUCACCCUUGUAAUGAUAAGUGUGAUACAAAAACUCGGGCCCCAUUAUUCAUUUGCCAAAUGGCUUCUGUGCUCCACUGGGCUGGUGCGUUAUCUUUACCCUACCAAUGAUGAGCUUCGCCAACUAGCCAAUAUACCAAAAGAAAAACCAAAAAAUAAGAAAAAUGGUAAAGGGGUUUCCAAUGGAAAACUUUCUACAGACUUGUUUCAUAUAAAUAGGUCUUUGGAUGUCCGGUUGGAGACUGCUAAAGUGACUUAUUUAGAUGUUAUUCACUUAAGGUACUAUAAUGAGUAUCAGUGGCUAGUAGACUUUUCUGUGUAUGCUGGGAUUAUUUAUGUGAUCACUGAGGUGUAUCACAUAUGGUUUCCCAUUAGGGACGAGGUGAAUUUGAGUAUAGUUUGGUGUUCCCUGGUGGUGCUUUUUGCCUUAAAGCUUUUAACAAGUCUUACAGUUCAAUACUUUAAAGGAGAAGAGUCAGUGGGUGAAAGGUCAACAUGUAUAGUAAUGGCCUUUGUUUAUUUACUGUUGGCCAUGAUGGUUCUAAUUGUGGAUGAAAACACUUUGGAGCUGGGGCUGGAAAGUGCUUAUACCAGUUUUAAUCAGAGUGCUUCCACUUUUUUGAGUAAACAAGGACUGAGUUCUUCAGGUCCAGCAUCUAAAAUAUUCAUUAAAUUCUGCAUAGCAGUGUGGUGUUCAAUAAUGGGAGCAAUUCUCACAUUUCCCGGAAUGAGAAUAGCCAAAAUGCAUUGGGACCUUUUAAGGUACUUUCAUGAGAGCAAACUGAAACAAAUCCUGCUGAAUUUCACUUUUGCUUUACCAUUUUUAUUGGUGAUCUUAUGGAUUAAACCGGUUACCAAAGAUUAUUUUACUGUGAGGAUAUUUUCUGGCAGGACUGAGCCACUAAUGACCGAAUAUGCCUUUGAAAUUGCCAGAAUUCUGGCAAUACUCCUUACUGUUGUGAUAAAAAUUUGCCUGAUGCCAUGGUACCUUCAGGCUUAUUUGGAUAUGGCAUAUCAUAGAACGGAAGAGCAGAAAAAGGAGGCGGGAAGGAUAACAAAUGUGGAAUUUCAAAAGAAGGUAGAAGCAGUUUUUUACUACUUAUGCGUGGUAGCUCUCCAAUAUUUGGCCCCACUAAUAAUGUGCCUUUUCCUCACCUGUAUGUACAAAACGCUGAGUGAGUUUCAGUGGGGUUGGCUGCUAAAGAAUCCGAUUAUCGAGGAACUCAACGUGCAACCAAAGAAAUACGGAUCGGAGCCCAUUGACGACUUCUUUUUGACCCUGGAAAGCUUAAAAUCGGUAUUCGCAGCGAACGUGUUAAAAGGGGUGUUUUCCUUCGCGACCUGGUGGAGCUGUUUCGUAUAUUUUGCCACCACCUCCGUGGGUCUAGUUUACCAGUCUUAUUUCUCUGUUGUUUAAGCAAUUUUUACAAGUCAUUUAUUUGUAAGACUGAUUUGUUUUUGUCUGUUAUUUAUUUAGUGUUCAGAUUUAGAAGAGUUAAUUAAACUGGUUUGUACAAUAAAGCGUGUAAGAAAUA